AUGCAUUAACUGAUGAAGGUAUUAUUGAAAUGAUAAUUCAUGAAUUUGGUAAUAGUGAUGAUGAAAUAGAUAAUGAAGAAGAAUCACCAUCACCUUCUUUAAUAACUAUAACGGAAGUCAUCAAUGUACUGAAACAAGUUAUAAGUUAUCAAGAAAGUCUUAAAGUUGGAAAAGGAUUUAAUGAGAAUGAAUUAAUAAUAUUAUGA